AUGGGGUUGUUGUCUCUGUUUCAAAGCGGAAUUCUGAAGAAGCUUCCAAGGAGGAGGCCAGGUGGUCUUCUUGAGCGGUUGUUGUCGAGCCAAAUAGCCCAGACUCCGUAUCUAUACCUUAACGAGGAGACUGUGUCAUUGAUCUAUGGCGAUACAGAGUGGGAUCUGGCUGGCAGGGUGGUAGAUACCAAACUAUUCGACCCGAGGAAGGAGGAGACGGUCACUUUGCCAAACCAGGUUGAAUCCUCUGAAGAACUCUUGGGAUCACAACCUAUAGGAUCCUCCCGUGGAUGGUUAGCUCUUCUUACAAAAGGACCAGACAAUGAAUCCCUUCCUAUACUUCUUCUUACAAAGAAGGUGGUAGACUGUGACAACCACCUAUACACACGCCUUCCUUCCUUGCCUUGUUGUGAUAGUGAGAGUAUCUUGAACGUGUCUCUCUCUUCUUCCUCCCCUGAGGAUGAUGAUGACUGCAUCAUGGCUGUGAAGUUUCUUGGACCUCGUUUCAGUUUCUGCAGGCCUGCUCUUGGGGAGGAAGCCAAAUGGACCCAUGUCUAUUUGCGUGCUAACCAAUUUGACACCUCCAGCAUGGUCUACUCCAAUAGGCACCGGAAGUUUUGUAUGACGACUCAGGGAAGUCACUAUUUGGCCGCUUGGGAUCUACACACUUACCCUCCUGUUACCACCAACUACAACAAUUCUUGGUUAACCCCGCUCCGUCUGUCUAAUUAAUCGGAUUUCACUCACUCACUCG